AUGCCCACAGCCACGGCCACCCACCCCCGACCAGGCCUCGACAUCCACCGCCGCCUCUUCCCCCCGACACCUCCUCCAACGCCACCACCCACCAGCCCCCCACCCCUCCCCCUCUCGACCCUUCGCAUGCCCUCCCUCAGCGACAUCCCCGAAGAGCGCACGCCGCGCACAACCUCUACCUCAGCCAUGAAAUCCCACGACGGCGCCUUCUCCGACACCGAAGCCCCGCGCCCGCGCUUCUCCGCCCUCAGACCCGGGUUCCGCGACGCCCCGCCCUUCGCCACAUGGGCGCGCCGCUGCUGGCCCGACGUGCUGACGCAGCUCUUGUGCCUGCUGGUCGCGGAGCUGGUGUACCUGUUCGGCGCGCCGCUGAUGCCGCGGGUGUUUCCGCUGUACGCGGGGGUCGAGCGGAGUGCGUGGGGGAUUGCGCAUGGGAGGGCCAGGCAGGCGGAGUAUGUGAAUACGCUGGUCAGCGCGGUGGUGUCGUUUGCGGUGCCGGCGGGGGUUAUGGGCGCGGUGGGGCUGUGGCGGGUGAGAGCAUUUUGGGAGAGCAAUGCCGCGAUGAUGGGGCUGGGGUAUGCGCUUGCGACGGCGACGCUGUUCCAGUCGUUCAUCAAGUGGUUCGUGGGCGGCUUGCGGCCGCACUUCCUCGAUUACACGGCGGCUGUGUGCACCGGCGAUGCAAAGGCGGUCAAAGAAGCGCAGAUGUCGUUUCCCAGCGGGCACUCGAGCGCGGCGUUCGCGGGCUUUGGGUUUCUCGCGCUGUACCUCAACUCGAAACUGAAUGUCGUCGGGCGGAAACCUGAUCACGCCCGCGAGACUUUGGAGUCCGGGGACGAGGAGCGAAGUUCGGAGCGAGAUGGGCGGGAGACAAGACACUGUAAAUUGCUCGUGUGGGCGCUGCCGUGGUUGGUUGCGCUGCUGAUCGCGGCGAGUAAGGUGCGCGAUGGCUGGCAUCAUCCUGUCGAUGUGCUGUUUGGUGCUAUUGUGGGGACGUUGUUUGCGCAUAUGGCGUACCACUGUGUAUUCAGGGGUGUGUAUGACGGGAGGGUGAAUCAUUUGCCGCGGCACUGA